AGAGCUGAAGUCAGGUGGCGUCAUGUCCAGAUCGGGCGAUAGAACAUCCACCUUUGACCCAACGCACAGCGACACCCUGCUGCACGGCCUCAACCUCUUGUGGAGGAAACAGCUGUUCUGUGAUGUGACUCUCACUGCCCAGGGACAGCAGUUCCACUGCCACAAGGCUGUGCUGGCGUCCUGCUCGCAGUACUUCAGAUCCCUCUUCUCCUCCCAUAAUGUCAUCAGCAGCGAGGGCAGCCAGGGCGACCAGGCCAGCAGCGGGACGCCCUCGUCCUCCCCGGACGACAAGCUGGUGACCCCCGGCACCAGGCCCAUCAACAACCUGGUCCUCCAGGGCUGCUCCUCCAUCGGACUGCGAUUGGUGCUGGAGUACCUGUACACCGCCAACGUCACGCUGUCCCUGGACACGGUGGAAGAGGUGCUGUCCGUCAGCAAGAUCCUCAACGUCCCCCAGAUCACCAAGCUCAGCGUCCAGUUCCUCAACGACCAGAUCUCCGUGCAGAACUACAAGCAGAUCUGCAAGAUCGCCGCCCUGCACGGCCUGGACGAGACCAAGAAGCUGGCCAACAAGUACCUGGUGGAGGACGUGCUGCUGCUGAACUUUGAGGAGAUGUGCGCCAUGCUGGACGCUCUGCCGCCCCCGGUGGAGUCGGAGCUGGCGCUCUUCCAGAUGUCGGUGCUCUGGCUGGAGCAUGACCGGGAGACUCGCAUGCACUACGCUCCGGACCUCAUGAAGAGGCUGCGCUUCGCCCUCAUCCCGGCGCCCGAGCUGGUGGAGCGGGUGCAGUCCGUUGACUUCAUGAGGAGCGACCCGGUGUGCCAGAAGCUGCUGCUGGACGCCAUGAACUACCACCUGAUGCCCUUCAGGCAGCACUGCAGACAGACCACGGCCAGCAGAAUCCGCUCCAAUAAGAGGAUGCUGUUACUGGUGGGUGGUUUGCCUCCUGGACCCGAUCGUCUCCCCAGUAAUUUGGUCCAGUACUACGACGACGAGAAAAAGACAUGGAAGAUCCUCACCAUAAUGCCUUACAACAGUGCCCAUCACUGUGUAGUGGAGGUGGAGAACUUCCUGCUGAUGCUGGGUGGAGAGGACCAGUGGAACCCCAACGGUAAACACAGCACCAACUUCGUGAGUCGCUACGACCCCCGAUUCAACAGCUGGAUCCAGCUGCCCCCGAUGCAGGAGAGGAGAGCCAGCUUCUUCGCCUGCCGGCUGGAGAAGCACCUGUACGUGAUCGGCGGCCGGAACGAGACGGGCUACCUGUCCAGCGUGGAGUCCUACAACCUGGAGACCAACGAGUGGAACUACGUGUCUUCUCUGCCGCAGCCGCUCGCCGCGCACGCUGGGGCCGUGCACAACGGGAAGAUCUACAUAUCAGGAGGAGUCCAUAACGGAGAGUACGUCUCCUGGCUCUACUGCUACGACCCCGUCAUGGACGUGUGGGCUCGCAAACAGGACAUGAACACAAAGCGCGCCAUCCACGCGCUGGCGGGGAUGAACGACCGGCUGUACGCCAUCGGUGGAAACCAUCUGAAAGGUUUCUCGCACCUGGACGUGAUGCUGGUGGAGUGUUACGACCCCAAAGCCGACCAGUGGAACAUCCUGCAGACGCCCAUCCUGGAAGGUCGCAGCGGGCCGGGCUGCGCAGUGCUGGACGACAGCAUCUUCCUGGUGGGAGGCUACAGCUGGAGCAUGGGGGCCUACAAGUCUUCCACCAUCUGCUACAGCCCGGAGAAAGGCACAUGGACAGAGCUGGAGGGGGAGGUGGCAGAACCUCUGGCCGGGCCGGCCUGCUCCACCGUCAUACUGCCCGCCUGCCUCCCCUUCAACAAAUGACAACU